AAAAAAACAAACUCUUUUGGCUUUGUGUUUUGGGUUGUUUUUGCUUUUGCGUCUUCUGGGGUCUCCUUCAGAAGAACAACAUCUGAUCAAAGGGUGUGUGUGUGUGAACAAGGAUGACCCCACUGCUGAAUUUUCCAUCCUCCUUCGUUCUUCCCACACACCCCAUUUGGCAUUUACUGCUGACGCUCGCUUUUUUAAUUAUUUUUUAUCAUUAUUAUUCACAUUAAUUCAUCAUCACCGUUUUUGCGUUUCUUUGAAUUUGACUUUAUCAUCGCGUGCACUUCUUCUACUUUUCCUUCUUUCUUUAUUCUCUUCAUUGGUGAUUCCUGCAAAUGUCAAUGAUCUACAGUCUUUGCGUUCCUAUUUCGUUUUUUUGAAACAUUCCUUGUUCCUUGUUCCCUGUACAUUCAUUCAUCAACGUUGUUCAGUUAGAGAUCACAACCUUUGCAACAGUGCGAAACAGUUACCUAUUCUUAAUCACAACACAACUGGGUCUCGGUUUCUCCGCCAACUGUUAACUGGCAGGAUUGGGAGGAAUUUUUUACCUACUGUGAUUGUAUCAACAUAUAGCAGUUUGGUUUAUGGGUUGGCUUAGCAGAAUUUUUAAAGGCUCUGAACAUAAGGUUUCAGAAGGGCAUUACUAUAAAGAGGAUGCAGAUUAUUACUUGCCUUCAACUUCAGGGGAUGUUUGGACUGAGAACAAUGAUGAAGAAAUCGAUCGCGCUAUUGCACUGUCUCUGGCAGAAGAAAAUCAGAAACCAAACCGUGUAAAUGACUACAGAUCACAAUUAGAAGAUGACGAACAACUUGCUAGAGCCAUAGAAGAAAGCUUAAAUUUGGAGCCCCCUCCUAGACAUGGAAAUGAAAACAUGUAUCAACCAGCUCAUCAACCAGUUCAGUAUUUCCCAAUGGGAUACAGUUAUUUUCAUAAUAGGAUUUGUGCUCGCUGCAAUAUGGAGAUUGGUUAUGGACGAUAUCUAAAUUGCUUGAAUGCAUUCUGGCAUCCUGAAUGCUUCCGCUGCCGUGCUUGCAACCUACCAAUCACUGAUUAUGAGUUCUCCACAUCUGGGAACUACCCUUACCAUAAACCAUGCUAUAAAGAAAGCUACCAUCCGAAAUGUGAUGUCUGCAAGCACUUCAUUCCAACAAACCCUGCUGGUCUUAUUGAAUAUAGGGCACAUCCAUUCUGGAUCCAGAAAUAUUGCCCUUCUCAUGAACAUGAUAAUACUCCUCGCUGUUGUAGCUGUGAGCGAAUGGAGCCACGAGAGGCGGGAUAUAUCCCUCUUAAGGAUGGCAGGAAGCUCUGCUUAGAGUGUCUGGAUUCUUCUAUCAUGGAUACAAACGAAUGUCAACCCCUUUACAAUGAUAUACAGAAAUUUUAUGAAAGCCUAGAUAUGAAACUGGAUCAGCAAGUUCCGCUACUGUUAGUUGAAAGAGAAGCUCUGAAUGAAGCAAGAGAGGGAGAGAAGAAUGGUCACUAUCACAUGCCUGAGACCAGAGGACUCUGCCUCUCAGAGGAACUCAGCACUAUUUCAAGACGACCAAGACAUGGGAAGGGAAAUAGGGCAAUGGACCAGAGAACACAGCCCUACAAACUGACUGCACGUUGUGAUGUGACAGCAAUUCUCAUUUUAUAUGGUCUUCCAAGGUUGCUUACUGGGUCAAUCCUAGCUCACGAGAUGAUGCAUGCAUGGCUGCGGCUAAAAGGUGUUCGAACUCUGAGUCAAGAUGUUGAAGAAGGUAUCUGUCAGGUUUUGGCUCAUAUAUGGUUGGAGUCUGAGCUAUCUUCUGCACCAGCCGGCAACUUCGUCUCAACAUCAUCCUCACCAGCACCAUAUACAUCUAAAAAAAGUAAAAGACCAGAUUUUGAAAGGAAGCUUGGGGAGUUCUUCAAGCACCAGAUUCAAUCAGACAUCUCCCCUGUUUAUGGAGAUGGAUUUAGGGCAGGUCAAAAAGCUGUGCAUAAGUUUGGCCUGCAAAGAACCCUUCACCAUAUCAUGAUGACAGGGAGUUUUCCAUACUAAGUAUAGAGAUCCAUAGUUUAACAGAUUGUUUCUCAUUCUUUCUAGAGAUAAAGCCUAGCCUGUUAUUAUUAGAAAUGGAGGCCAAGGUACUUAGGCAUUAGCAUUGACAAAGUGUUGAUUUUUUGUACUUGUAAUUAAUUGAUACUACCUCACUUAGAGGGAUAAGGCUUUGUUGUUGUUGUAAUUAAUUGAUUCUUUACAUUCAAACUUCUUUUAAUCUCAUUUAAUUACACACACGUACUUCAUUUU